UGGACUCUUCCCAGCCCCCAGCCACUCGUGGGUCUGGAUGGAGACUCAGCUGCCUGCAGCGGUGGUGGGAAAGACUCUAGUUACUACAGCAGAGGGUGAGGAGUGGCAGCCGCAGCGACGCCGACCAUGAGAGAAGACCCAGGCCGGAGGAGCGCGCGGGAUCCCGGGCACCGGCCUGUGGGCCCCUCCCCACGGCAGCGGGCCCCAUGCUGCCCCGCCCGGCCCCCCAGUCCGGACCAUAACGGGCCGCCUUGCCCCCCAGGCUUGGCCCGGCACCUCCCGCUCGCCCUCCUGCUCUGCCUGGUGCCCGGGCCGGGCCUGGGCCACGGGGUGAUGGUGGAGGCAGUGACAGAGCCCCCCGGGCCUUCGUCCCCGGGCCCUCAGGGGGACCUCCUGCUCCUGCUGGACAGCUCGUCCAGCGUGUCGUACUACGAGUUCUCGCGCAUGAAGGAGUUCCUGGGGGAGCUGGUGCGGCCGCUGCCGCUGGGCCCGACGGCGGUGCGGGCCGGGCUGGUCCACAUCGCCACGCAGCCGGCCUCCGAGUUCCCGCUGGACGGACACCGGUCUGGGGCGGCGGCGCAGCAGGCCAUCCGCGCCGCCCGCCAGCGCAUGGGCGAUACCAACGCGGGCCGGGCCCUGGCCUUCGCCCGGGAGCAACUGUUGGACGGGGCCCGGCCCCACGUGCCCAAGGUGCUCCUCUGGGUGACCGACGGCGGCUCCACGGACCCCGUGGCCCAGCCCGCGCAGGACCUGAAGGCCCAAGGGGCCACCGUCUUCAUCGUCAGCACGGGCCGGGGGAACUACCUGGAGCUGGCCUCCGCCGCCAGCCCGCCCCCCGACAGGCACCUGCACUUCGUGGACGUCGACGACCUGCCCAGCGUCACCCGACGGCUGAGGGACCACAUCCUCGAGGCGAUGUGGCCCCAGCAGCUCCAUGCCACAGAGAUCACCUCGAGCAGCUUCCGCCUCGUGUGGCCGCCGCUCCUGUCCGACGCCUCCGACUAUUAUGUGCUGGAGGUGACGCCCGACGCCGACGCCACGGCCAGACAGAGCUGGCAGCUGCCUGCCCAUGACACCACGAGGUUCCUGGGUGACCUGCAGCCCGCCACCACCUACCGGGUGACCCUGGUCCCCGAAUCGAAUCUGCACUACCUGCCCCCGCAGACGGUCCUCGUCACCACCCUGGACGAGGAAGUCAGCCCGGCCCAGAUCCACAUCUCCAACUCCACGUCCCAGGGCUUCCGCGUCGGCUGGGCCCCCACCCCGGCCGGGGUGCUCAAGUACCAGCUGCUGUACGGGCCCCUGCCCGCGAGCGGUGCCCAGGUCCUGGAGGUGCCCGGCACCCAGAACAGCACCGUGCUGGAGAACCUGGCCCCCAAUACCACCUACCUGGUGACUGUGGUGGCCACUUACAGGUCGGGGAAGGAGAAGGCCCUCUCGGCCAAGGCCUGCACUCAGGAAGUGAGCAGCUCAGUGCGGGACCUGAGGUUGGAGAGCGUGGGGCUCGGCCGCCUGAAGGCGUCGUGGGACCCGGCGUCCGGGGCCGUCCGGGGCUACCGGGUGCGGUGCCGGCGGCAGGCGGGCCCGUGGCUGUCGCAGAGCGUUUCCCCGUGGGUGCGCAGCGUGCUCCUGGCUGACCCCAACCUCGGCGCCCGCAGCAGAGUGUGCGUGACGCCCAUCUACGGGAGCCUGAAGGGCCGCGGUCGGUGUCGCGACGUCCGCACGUGGCUCGCUACUGAGGCGCCCGGAUACCGCCCUGGCUAACUCGCACCCCGGACAGGAGAGCAGGAGACGUAAGUGGUGGAUGAGAAGAGAAGGAGAAGAAGGAAAAGGAGGAGGAGGAGGAGGAGGAAACCAGAUGCCCAUGUCAUGGGCAGGGCCAGGCCGAUCCCCCGCAUCCCUCCCCACCGCCAUCCGAAAGACGCCCGCCACACUUGGCUUGCUCAGCGGCCCGCCCACGCCGGCCCUCUGCUUCGGGUGGUCCCGGGUGUGAGUUCUGCCGGCCGGUCCCGCGUGGGAUGUGUAUGGCAGUUGGCGGGCCGGUGGCCACCCCGGACUGGAGCCUUGGAGACCGCGCCGCCCCUUUCACCACCCUGGCCUUGCUCCCGUGGGGCAGGUCCCGCGUGGGUUUCCCGGGGGCUCUGGUGUGGCCGCAUCGCCCCUGGGUUGUUCACUUUUCCUCCCGAAGAUCUGACUCUCAGGGUUUCCUGGGCCGGGACCGUCUCCAUGCCCGAGCGGUUACAUUACGGGAGAACCGGCCUGCAGGACCGUAGUGAAGCGCAGAGCCCGGAAGCCCUUCUCCUAGCCAAGGGGCAAGUUCCUGGACCCCGCUCCUCCUUCCAGGCUGGGAGCCAUGGGCUGCCUGUCUGUCAUCUGUCUGUCUGGAGCCCAUGUCCACAGCACACCCCAGGGUGAGGGGCGAAGGGGGUCUACACUUCUCAGAACUCUGACCGGUCGUUUCCUUCUCUACUUGCCCUGCCCCGUGCCCCUCGGCCCCGCGGUGCCCCCCAGCCCCGCGGGGUAAACCAGGUGGGCCGGCGGCAGGAGGAACGAGUGCCCACCCCUCGCUGUUUUCUGUUCUCACUGUUGCCGGAGGCCCGCAAAGCCCACCCCUCCACACCCGUGCACGCACCCGACUGGCCACGCGGGCGGUCCGUCGCACGGUUUUCUCACGAGAAACUCGGGGCUGAUGAAACGCUUCACUGUUGCUUUGUUUCCCAAAUAACGCAUCCAUCAGCGGACUUCCAAUUACAGUGAAUGAAACCUC